GUUCUUUUCGUUUCGGCAAAUGGUGGAAUCGCAUUGAAGAUUUCGUCCUAGAAAGUGAAAAAGAACUCUUCUCGAUCAUUCAUCAACUCGUUCUUUCAAUGAAUGCAGCAGAAGCAGCUCUCGAAUUUGAGCAAAGAGAGACUUUCAUCUUGGAAAUGUGCUGAUUGAUCGAAAUGGUGUGAAAGAGCUUUUUUACACUGUUCAUGGGAAAAAUUAAGUACCUAUGGAGUUAAAGUCAAUAUUAUUGCUUCACAUUGAGCCGAAUUUCCAAAGGUUCGACUACUAUCUACUGGGACUUGGAAAAGGACACAGAAAUUUUCAAGGGAAAAGAUGGUCCACAAUUUGAAGUAUAUCGAGAAAUGAGAAUCUAUUGCAAAAGCGAUUGGAAGAAAUUUUUGAAAAGAACAAAUCUUAUGUGGAUUUCAUUCAUUGCGCAGCGAUUGAUUGGCACGAAAAUCUGCCCGAAGGGACUUCUUACGGAGAAACGGAAAGCUCAAUACGAUGUUUGGCCGACUUGCCGAGUUUGGCUCAUGUGAAGAAUCGUUGAACAAUGCAGAUUUCUUCAGCGACUUUUACAAGGGACUGAUCGGACUGUUUACAGCUCACAAUACUCUAAAUUCUCAAUCAUAG